AUGUCUGAAGCCACUCUGGAGGCUUUUCCCAGCCCCUCAAUGCAGCUGAGCCCCACUGCAUCCCUCGAGGGGCUCCCUGCUGAGGAGGAUGUGCCAGAGACUCAAAGAGAGGAGACAAGGGUGCAAGGGAUAGCAGGCCUGGCUGCUACUUGCUGUAUCUGCCUGGAAGCGGAACAACUGAAGGGCUGUCUGAACUCUGAGAAAAUCUGCAUUGUCCCCAUUUUGGCUUGCCUGAUCAGUCUGUGCCUCUGCAUCGCCGGCCUCAAGUGGGUCUUUGUGGACAAGAUUUUCGAGUAUGACUCUCCUACCCACCUCGGCCCCGACAGGAUCGGACAAGAUCCCAUCACUCCCGCGGAUCCGACUGCGCUGUCUGCCUGGGUGCCGUCUGUGGUGCAUACCUCGUACUUCCCCGUGCCUACCAGCGAAGUUGAAGUUGAGGUGACAGGGUCCCUAGUUCCCUCCGAGGCUGCUCCUCAGUCAUCGCCACAUAACAGUGUUUUAGGUUCUAAUUUCUUACCCUCCUUCGCACCCUCCUUACCUCCACUCAGCCUGGACCCGGAGCUGAAAAGAGCCACAACAGCUUCUCUGGCAGAAGAAACAGAAACUAAUAUCCAAACAGCUUCACCAAAACUUG